UGCUGUUGAAAAUUGCAAAACUAAAUUAAUUAAAAAAAAUAAUAUUUCUUACUAAUAUUUAAAAAAAAAACUUUAUUAAGAUGAAAUAUACAAUUUUUGCUGCUGUAUUUGCUAUAAUUUUUGCAGUUGCUGCUGCUUAUCCCUAUGAAACUGAAAAUCAUUUAGAUGAAGAUCAGUUAUUAAAUUUUGAUUCGAGUUUGGAACAUAAUUUACGUCAAAAACGCGCAACAUGUGAUUUACUUGCAAACGAACAACUUUGUGCAGCUCAUUGCCUUGCUCAAGGAUUCAAAGGUGGUUGGUGUGAUAGCAGAAAAGUUUGCAAUUGCCGUAGAUAAAAAAAUGUAUAUGAAACUUUAAACGUUAUAUUGUAAUUUUUCUUAUAAAUAAAAAAUUUGAAAUAUGAA